AGUUCUCUCCUUACUUGACUGAGCUGAAGGACGUCGCGUUGCAAAUGCAAGUUCAGCGCCGUCGUUUCAUCGCCCAGCUGUUUCACACACCCAACCGCCGCGGCUCCUCCGACGCCGGCGUUCAUCACCAUGGAAGACCGCCGCACCCACCGCCCUCACCGGAUCUCCGUCCCGCCUCGCACCGCCGUGACCACCUCGAGGCAUUACCCUCUCUACUCCUUUCCUCCGUCGACCCCGACCCCAACGCCGUCGAAGUCGCGCGGUUUCUCUCUCCUCACCCCCUCCUCUCGGCCCUCCACCACCACCGGCAGAUCUUCUCUCUCCUUCCUCUUCCUACUCCUCUUCUCCCUCCGAUCCCUCUACUCUCUCCUCCCCUUCCUCCGCUCCUCCCCUCCCUCUUUCUCUCUCUUCCCCUUCUCCUUCCUCGUCUCUCUCCUCUCCUUCCUCCUCUCUCUGCCCUUCUCUCUCUUCUCCCCUCCCUCGUCCUUCAAAUCCCACCUGCAGUCCAAGCUUCAGAACCAGCCCCUCCUCGUCCUAACCUCCCUCUCCCCCUCGCAGAACAAAGUCCUCGCCCUCAAAUCGGUCCUCUUGGCUGUCGUCUUCCUCCUCCGAUUCCAGGCUCUCAAGUACUGCGGCGCCGCUGCGAUGAUCCUCGCCGAACUGUCCGGCAACGUCGCCGCGCGGUUCCUUGCGGAGGGGAGAAUGAGGGAUGUCGUCUAUCUGGGUAAGAAUCGAUCCUCUAGGGUUCGCGGGUUUAUUGCAUUGUCUCUAGGAUUGUUUCUUUUGGCUCUGAGUUGGGACCGGAACACGUGUUUCCCUUUUUCUGGAUCAUCGUCUUCUGUUGAUAAAUGGAGGCUCUCAAUAUUGCCUAGAGAGAAUUGUGUCAGGGUAUGGCCGAUGCUGUUGCCGUUCUUGUCCGGAUUUUUGGGGUGUUACGAGCGUGUGUCGAUGAAUCGGGGAGUGCUUCAAGAGCUGGGACAAAAACGUGUUAGGUUGAUUUCGCUGCUCUAUACAUCUAUUGUGCUCUUUGUUCCUGCUGUUAUUAGCAUUCUUGUCUUUGAACACGAAGGAGAUAGUAUUUCAGUCACUAGUUUAGGUUGGCCUCUAGCUAAUACUGUUGUUUUUGGAGUGCUGUUAAGUGAGAAUUGCAGUGAUGAGAAGUUCGUGAGCUCUAAAGAUUUUCAGAGGGAAUUUUUGGUUACGUUCGCUUGCACGGUGGUUUUGGAGUUGUUUUACUUCCCCGAGCUCUCGCUCUGGGGAUUAUUGCUUUGUGGGAUACUUCUUUAUGUUGCUGUUGCGGAGCUGGAUCCUGUUUACUCGAGUUACGCUGAGUUGGGUUUGGAAUCGUCGGAGCCAUUUACUACCUCGAUCAUAAAGCCCAUCCGUCACAUUUUGAAUGAGAGGAAGUCUCGCAAGAUUGCGCUUUUCCUCUUGAUCAACACUGGCUACAUGGUUGUUGAGUUCGUAGUUGGGUUCAUGAGCAACAGUCUUGGCUUGAUAUCAGACGCAUGUCACAUGUUGUUUGACUGUGCUGCUUUGGCUAUAGGCCUUUAUGCUUCGUAUAUAUCACGCUUGCCUGCUAAUGGUCAGUUCAAUUAUGGUCGUGGGAGAUUUGAGGUUCUCUCUGGGUAUGUCAAUGCAGUUUUUCUGGUGUUGGUUGGAGCACUUAUUGUGUUAGAGUCUAUCGAGAGAAUUUUGGAUCCGCAGGAGAUCUCGACCGACAGUUUGUUAAUCGUGUCCGUUGGUGGGCUUCUUGUCAAUGUGAUUGGGUUGAUAUUCUUCCAUGAAGAGCAUCAUCAUGCGCAUGGUGGAACCUGCUCUCACUCGGAUUCUCACUCCAGUUCCCAUUCCCAUUCCCAUUCCGAACACCAACAUGACCAUGACUGCCACAUUGAGGAUCAGAAAUGGACUUCAAUUGACCAUGAUUGCCACGAAAAAUCUUGUUCUGGUCAUCAUAAUCAGCAUGGUCACCAUCAUUCUGAUCACCGCAGCAAUGACAACGCUAAAAGUUCUUAUCCUACUUUGGGGAGCUCUAGUUGUCAUGGUCAUGACCAUGCUGACAAUCAUAGUGAAGGUUCUCAUGGGUGUAAUCAUGCUCAUCACAAUGACCAUGGUCAUGGUCAUGGUCAUGGCCAUCAUCAUCAUGACUCAGUCUUUGCACCUCGUUGCUCCACUGAAGGUCAUGCCGACGGAUGUCUGCCUACCCAGACAGCAGCUCCACACACCCAUGGGCACUGUUCGUCCAUUAGUCAGAUCCACCAGAGAAAUCUACCAUCAAGUGAAGGGGAAGCUAAAAAGCACAGUCAUCAUCACAUUGACCACAACAUGGAAGGGAUAUUCUUGCACGUUCUUGCAGAUACAAUGGGAAGUGUUGGAGUUGUCGUGUCGACUCUGUUGAUAAAGUACAAGGGAUGGCUUGUUGCUGAUCCUGCCAGCUCCAUAUUUAUUUCCAUUUUAAUUGUGUCCUCAGUCAUCCCGUUGCUCAGGAACUCGGCAGAGAUUUUGCUCCAAAGGGUGCCUAGAGCUCGCGAACAGGAUCUAUUUAAUGCUCUAAACAAUGUCACAAAGAUAAAGCAGGUGAGAGGCAUUCCACAUUUCCAUGCGUGGAGCUUUACGAACGCAGAGGUAGUGGGAACAAUCCAUCUUCAUGUUGAGACGGAAUCUGACAAGGCUUCUGCAAAAACACAAGUUUCCCGCCUGCUGCAUGAUGUGGGGAUUAAUGAUCUUACGCUGCAGGUGGAGUGUGUCAAGCAUACUUAAUACUGAUCUUGAACUAAUGUUGAGUUUCACCAUUUUCGGGAUUCCUUCAAGAAAAGAGAAACCCCCCAAUAUGGGGACGGAUUAAAAUUCUCAACUAAAACUGUCAAUGAAGCUCCUGUUGCUGCUGUUCUGGGUUUCAUCUCAGUUACUCCAUGUAGUUCUCAAAAAUUCAUAAUGAAUGAGAAGAUGCAAGACACCCAUCAAUCAACUGCUGGAAUGCUCGUCUUUUUUAUGGUAAGAUUGCAUGGCGGAGGCUGUUGCCUCAAUGUCAUCGUGGUCCCCUUUUUUUAUUAUUGGUCCAUAUAUAUUAAUUUGCGUCGAUGUAAAUAACUAGCUUAGUACCUGUGCAAUGUGCAUGCACGGAAACUCCUUUCUCUCAGCAAUAUAAUGCCCACAGGUUUUUCUGUCCUG